UUUUGUUUUACUCCAUGUUAACGUGCCGAUUCAGUCACUCUUCGACACAAGAUGCCAAUUUCUUUUAGGGCUAGUGAAUUCUUGGACUCUGUUGUUUUGGCUCUCUUCACCGUUGUGCCGCAGUUGGUGCAUAAGUGUCGUGAUGUUCAGUGUUUUCGUAAUGUGCUCAUCAGUGUUUAAAUAAACUAAAACUUUUUAUAAAGGAUUACGCACUGCCAGUCAUUGACUGGAUAUUCUUUCUGUGGCGACAUUGAUGGAGUUCCGCUUGGACAGCGCGGAGUACUGCCAGGCCCAACACAAAUAAACUAGCGGCGGACGCCGAGCUGGGACCCAUGCGGCCGGGAGCAAGUCUGCACCCCAUCUUUAUGACAGUCCAGCUACCUUAAAUUCGGAAGCCAUCGCAAAUCGGAGCAUAUCAUUCAGUUCGGAGCGACUUUAUGUUCGCGUAAUUUCUUUAAGUUUCAUUCCACAUUUUGAACUUUAGUUUAACCGUCUCCGAAUGUGCGCUAGUGGUUGAAAGCGACAUCCAUGCGGGUGGUUCUCUUGAUAUAAUAGGACCCUUUCUAAAUAAAAGUAACGAAACUGCCGUGUGUUGUGUGGAAAUAGAGUGACAAUUUGUCUGUUGUCGGACGGACCGAAGUGAAGUGAACACCAGUGUAGACCGUUGAGGAAGACCAAGGCACCAUGAAGCAGAAGGAUAUCCGGCCGGCGCCCUCGCUAAUCGAGUACAAGGGAAUGCGGUUCCUGAUCACGGACCGCCCCUCUGACGUCACCAUCCAGUCAUACCUACAGGAGCUGCGCAAGCACAACGUAUGCGUCGUGGUCCGCGUCUGCGAGCCCAGCUACGACGUCGGCCCCCUCAAGGCCGAGAACAUCGAGGUUCGCGACCUGGCCUAUGACGACGGCACCUUCCCGCCCGCCAACGUCGUUGACGAGUGGUUCGAGAUCUUGCGCGACAAGGCCCAAAACAAGCCGGAAGCGGGCGUGGCGGUGCACUGCGUGGCCGGGCUCGGGCGGGCGCCCGUCAUGGUGGCCAUCGCGCUCAUCGAGCUCGGCAUGAAGUACGAGGAGGCCGUCGAGACCAUCCGAGACCAACGCCGCGGCGCAAUAAACUCGAAGCAGCUGUCGUACCUCGAGAAGUACCGGCCCAAGUCCCGCCUCAAGAAGAACGGUCACAAGAACUCCUGUUGUGUGCAGUAACAGCUGAUCCAGCUCUGUCUCCACACACACACACACACACACGAAUACUACACUUUUUUGAACACUUUAUUUCCUUUUUUUGAGGUUACGACUAAGUUUAACCUUUUGACUGGAGACUACUUAUUGUAAAAUGUACUUAUUUUGUCGGCAGUUGUAGAUUUGAUCAAAAUAACGGGAAAAUUUAACAUCAAAAUAGUAAAAGGUUAUUUUUGCUUAUGACCAAACUUGUGACAUUUGUAACAUUAACCUUGGAAUGUACUUUCUUUGGUUGAAUUGAUACCAAAAUAAAUCAAACCACAAUGCAUCUUGAGCUUACCAUAUGGCUAUGUAAAUUUGUGUAAGAAUGUAUAAUAUUUAUUUAUAUUGAAACACUCAAAAGGUUAAACUAAGUUUAUAAUCGCCGCUGUUGAAACUCGAGUUUUCUAUGAAAUUUAAUGGGAGCCUUAUAUAAGAUGUUGUAUGUCCAAAAGGUCCCUUGUACUGUGUUUUAGUGGAAUAUGUUAGAAGAGCCACGAUUUGUGUUCAGUGAGCUAUCCUACUCGGGUAUAUACUUUCUAAAUCAUAAUAAAAUCAAUGCCCAUAAUAAAAUAUAAAAAACAGUCUGUGACAUGUUUAUUCCUAAUUUUCCGUAAUUGUGGUGACUUCAUGAUAUUUUUUACUUAAAUAUUAUAUUUGUAGACACUUUAUGAUUUUAAUAAAAAUGAGACAUAAUAUAGAAAAAAUCUUAAUGGUUUUUUUGUGUUUCACUAGACAAUUGAUAUCUUUGACGAGCAAUUUGUUAUAAAUUGUGUGCUUUUUGUAUUGAUAUACGAUUGUACUCUAAUGUUACUUGAAUCCUGGGCAUAGCAAUCCAGAUAGCAAAUAAUCAAUUAACUAUAUGAAAUACAGAAAGAUCCUGUUUGACGACUUGACACGAAAUUUAAUGAAAAAUGCAGUUUGAUAUUAUUUUUCUAUUUCUAAUUUUAUGAAGAUUAUUGAAAUGUAUGAUCAUGUAACUACGGUACAGUCGGCAUUCUUAAAUAAAAAUAUUUAUAAGCAAAA